AUGGAAAAUGAAAAAACAAUUGCUUCCGAAAAGGUUUCAUUCUCAGACGCAGAGAUAGAUAAAAGAACAGCUGAGAAAAAAUAUAUUGAUGAUUGGCUUCCCAUAACUUCUUCAAGGAACGUUAAAUGGUGGUACGCUGCUUUUCAUAAUGUCACUGCUAUGGUUGGAGCUAGUGUCAUGAGCCUUUCACCUGCCAUGGCAAGUCUUGGAUGGGGACCAGGAGUGGUGAUUCUGAUCUUAUCAUGGUUAAUAGCUCUACACACUCUAUGGCAGAUGGUUGAGAUGCAUGAAAUGGUGCCUGGAAAAAGGUUUGACAGAUACCAUGAAUUAGGGCAAGAAGCAUUUGGGGAAAACCUAUGA